AUGGCUGGUUUGUGUGACAGUGAUACAUUGGAAGUGGAAGACGAGGAUGCACCAUGUGAAUUUUAUGAUUGCAUGUCCUCAUUGUCCCCAGUCUCUGAGACUGCACCAGUGUUCUUGAAAACGGAUGAUUCCUCUGACAAUCAAGACCUUUACCUUGCAGGGACAUGCUUGGAGCACUUGCUGGAGGACCUGGGGCUAGAGCAGCAGUACAAAGACAAGCUGUCUCUGAGCAUAGAUGAGAAGAGCAUUACAGACACCUCAGCUGGGUCUGUCAGAAACAUGGCAUGGAAUUUCUUGACAAGAUUAAUGAUGGUGAAUGUAAAAGCCAGAAAUGUCAAAGUUAAAGCCUCACAUAGCUGUGAUGUGGCAUCUGAAGAGACUAGGUUUAAUAUAGAUGCUCUACUGGCCGGUCCAACCUCAGGUUCAACACUCAACCCUCUUGACAUUAUCACAGCAUUCUUCCUUUGCUCUGAUGGCUUUGUGCGGCAGGAACUCACUCUCAAAAUGUCAAUGUGUGAGUUUGCAGUGCCUCUGCUGCUUCCAAACCCUGACACCAAACAGUGCACAAUGAUGCUCUGGGCUUUAAGGGACAUUGUGAAAAAAUAUAGACCUAAGUCACUGUUGGAAUCUAAAGGCUUCAUUGAAGAACAUAUUGUUCAUUCUGCAUUUCCAAUGGUUUCCUUUGUUAGACUUGGAAAAAAUUCUUUGUCUAAGUCAGAGAUUCUCAAUAAAGUUCUGAGCAGUCCUCAGCAAUAUCAUGACACAUUUGUGCAUCACAAUUUAGAGUGUGGGGACUGUCCAACAAAGAUUUCUGAUGGAAUAGUUGAAAUAUCUUGGUACCUUCCAUGUGAAAACAAAAACACUGACAUUUUCAGUGAGCCUGUGACAGUAGCUAACCUCUGUGGAGACUCUGAAUCAUCUAUCCCACAGUUCUUGUUUUUAUGUGAGACUUCAUGUGCUGUGUUUGUGUUCUGUGACAAAGUGGAUAAAGCCUAUAGCAUGCUUCACCAUAAAAGCAAGGCCAGUGUUUUCUUGGUUAGUAACUCUGAGAGCAAAAAAUUCAAAGCAGAAGAUCUUAAGAGAUUAGCUACAAAUUUGAAAAUGUAUAACAAUAUAAUGAUAAAGAGUCAAUCAGUGAAUGAUGCAGACUUUGUCACAAUGCUCCAGGGGAAAAUUAGGAGCGUUAUUGACAAGGCAAAGUCUAAGAUGCAAAUAAUGGAGGAGAUGGCAGAUGUUGCACGUAAUCUUGGAAUACGCGUUGAUGAAGAUUGUCCCGAGUGUCAGAAUGCCAAAAAAAAUGCAGAUGCUAUUACAUCUGAAAUCCAUGACACAUUUGAGUACAAAGAAACCCAGUUUCUUUUGCAAGGUCAGAUCUGGAAGGAACUGACAUCUCUAGAAAAAGAAGAAUGUAGACCUCAAAAUGAUGGCUCUAAAAACAUUAAAGAAUAUAAAAAUUUACUUCAAGAACAAAAGCAUAUACUUAGGCAGAAACAAAUUUCUAGCACUAUUUCAAAAUCCAUGUCCAGAUUCGUUAUUGCAAUAUCAAGCCGUGGAAUUGAAAGGUGCUACUUUCUGAAAUGGAUGCGCCUUAAUCUUGAUAAUCUUUCUCGGAAGAAGUUAUCAGGCCUUUGAGAGCAGUACAAAGAGGAAUCAAAAGAAUCUAAGAACAAAGAAGUGAUUCAAGAUCUUGAUCGUCAACUUUCAGGCAGUUCUCUGGGGAUAGAGCAUUUCUUUCGUGAAAUGGGUCAAAUAUAUGAAGCGUCAUUGUCUCUUACUGAAGACCACCCUCGUCAUCUGCAGUCACAGCACUUACCCAGACUCUGCACAGAGCUGCUGCUGGAGGGACUCCCUCUGUAGCUGGUGGAUGGAGAUGUCUCAAACUUCCCUCUUAGAUGGGUAAGCGAUGUCCUGUCUGAGCUCCAUCAGUUGGUGUCCUGCAAAAGUAGAAUCUUAGUGGUCACAGUUCUGGGAGUCCAGAGCACUGGAAAGUCUCUCCUCAACACAAUGUUUGGAGUACAGUUUGCAGUGAGCAGUGGACGUUGCACUAGAAGGGCCUUUAUGCUCCUCAUAAGAGUCAGUGAAGAAGUAAAAAAAAUCUUAAUGAUCAUUGACACUGAGGGCCUGAAGUCUCCAAAGCUUGCAAAACUGGACAAUAGUUAUGAGCAUGACAACGAGCUGACCACCCUUGUUGUGGGGUUAAGUGACAUCACUUUAGUAAAUAUUGCAAUGGAGAACUAUACUGAAAUGAAGGACAUCCUGCAGAUAGUCGUGCAUGCAUUUCUCAGAAUGAAAGAAGUUGGAAAAAGGCCCAAAUGUUUGUUUGUUCACCAGAAUGUGUCUGAUGUUUCAGCACAUGACAAUAAUUUUCAAGACAGAGAACUACUUUUGGAGCAGUUGAAUGCGAUGACGCAGGCUGCAGCCAAAAUGGAAAAGAAGGAAAAGAACAAGUGUUUUACUGAUGUGAUUGAAUACAGCACAAAGACAGGAAACUGUUACAUUCCAGGACUGUGGAAUGGAACCUCUCCGAUGGCUCCAGUAAAUGUAGUAUACAGUGAAGCUGUGUAUGAGCUGAAGAAAAAAAUCAUUCAAAUUCUGAGCAAAUGUGAAUCAUCUGCAUAUAAUAUCUUGGAGUUUCAGGAGUGGAUAAGGGGUCUUUGGACCGCAGUGAAGUAUGAAAACGUCAUUUUCAGCUUUAGAAACAGCCUGGUGGCUGAUGCAUACACGAGACUGUGCACAGAAUACAACAAGUGGGAAUGGAACUUCAGAAAAGGCAUGUACACAUGGGUCACAAAUGCUCAAACAAGAAUUUCAAAUUAUGGUAAAGUUGCUGCUGAACAUGAUACAGGAGACACUGGAAAACUUCUGAGUGAUUUGAAAAGUGCUGCAUACACAGAACUGUCCAAAGGAGGAACUAAACUCCUUCAGAACCUCACACAAUACUUCAAACAGACAGAUGGCCAUGUGAAUCUAGUGGAAAAGUAUAAAGAAGAGUUUAUGACCAGCGCAAAGGUUACUCGGAGGGAGAUGGAAAAGUCAAUAAUAAAUCAGCUUACUGCAACUGUUGACAGCCGACAAGGAAUGAGGGAGCUGGAAAAAAUCAAAUAGAACCAUACACAAGUAAUGGAAGA